CGUGCGGUCGGUCCACUACCAGUUGCGUCUACUUUAUGUAUUAAAAAUAAAUAUGUGAAAUUUUCUUGGGUAACUACUUUUCCUGUUGGAAUGAUAAUGGUCAAUAAGUCGUCAAGGAGAGGUAAUGGUAUUUCGGUUCUCGUUGCAGUUGACAGGUAUUUUGAGACCCCAACCUGAGAUAGAAAUCAAGGAAGCUCCAAAAAAUUUCCAUGGUUCCCUCAAGGUAGUGGAAGUGAAAAACUAUCGUGGUCGCCCCGGUGAUUUGAAGCUUGUGAUGUACUUAAUAGACAACGCUGUUGGACUGGAAAAAAUUGUCAACCAUCCUCUCGGACAAAUUAAUGGCGAAGAAGAAAUGGAAGAGGUCUUUUUCAUGUAUCGUGCUAGGGAAGAGAUGGCACGAAAAUUGCCUAAACAUAUAGAAUUGGAUGGCCGUAAUAACUUUCGGUUUGAUCGUCCGGUGUAUGUGUAACUGAUUUCCCUUGGUUGUUCGGUUGCUGCGUCCGCCAAUUGAAACUUUACAGAGGGAGGGAGGGUGGGUUACUUGAAUAAAGUGUAGUGCAGGCAGACUGUUUAAAUUGAAAGUUUCCUUAAUGCUUUUUCGGUCAAUUUGUUUCCUUAUGUUGGUUGCUGUUGUUUGGCAAGUUUCCUGACUGAAGUGAGAGACUGCGUUCGUUAUGGGAACUUGCUUUGUCUCCAAGGCUGAUUACAAAGUUGGCUUGCAUUUUAACAUUCCUUAUUAGGUCUAGAGCUGUUCCAAAGGUGAAAAGUGAGUUAACUCACAAUUUUUCUUUUUGAUCAAGUUCUGAGUGCUUAAUUUGUGCUCCUUUGCUGGUUGUUUUUGACAGCCAAGUUAUUGAGGAAAUUGGGUUCCGUGUGCCAAAAACAUGGCCAUAUAAUUGAGACUUUGCUUUUCACAUGCCCUAAA